AUGUUCACGACACUCACUCUCGAUAACGGUAAUGGAGAAGACGGCUCCUUAUCAAGUCGUCCCAAGCGAACCCAGGUCCGCCGCGCGUGCAAUUGGUGCAAGCUGAUGCGGAUCAAGUGCGACAAUGACCGGCCUUGCAGUAACUGCCGACAAGGCGACCGCACAUGUGGCACAAGCGGCAAAAAUCAGUUUCGCAGCAUCGCUGAGGCUGUGAAAGAGGUCGAGACUCUUCGCACCCAAAUGCGCGAGCUGGAGAGCAGCAAGAGGAAGCUGGAAGAGUCCAGGAGCUUGACCAGGUCUCCCGUCGAGGCGGCAAAGAACGCCUCAUUCCCGAAAACAUACACCGUGCGGCCCUCUGCUUCACGCAACGGCGUCCGUGUCGGGUCCAUUCUUUACGGCAUGGCGUCGCUGCCCUUCUUUAUCACACGCUUGGGUGAGUUCCUUCAGGCGACGCGACCGCAGCUUGAGGUUCAGCUAGAACUAGACAUCUCGACCCACGUCUCCACUCCAAAUUUGUUGCCUCCAGAUUCUUCGAGCGCCAAGUUCCUGCCGCCAUCUCAAGAAACUCACUAUCUAGCUCUGUUUUGGCAAACACAUUACUUUAGCUUUCCCAUACUCAACGAGGGUGAGCUAAGAAGAGAAUACCAAGAAUUGGUGGCUGAGACCGGGGCUGGAGCACCGCGCAAGGCGUCGGCUCUGGUGGACAUUAUAUUGGCCUUAUGUAUACAACUGGGAAGCUUCCGCAUUCACCACACAAGCGAUCCACGUGCCGGUGCACGCGGCUCACCCCCACCCAGCUGUUCCACUCCCGCCGGCUUCCAAUAUUACAACCGCUGCCAAGAGGCCAUUGACCAGACAAUUGAGAGUCCAUCACUGACCACUGUACAAUGCUACGUUUUCAGCAUUAUUUAUCUGUGCGAGGCAGGGCUAUGGAAUGCUGCCCAUGGCAUCGCCGGCAAGGCUGUGAUGAUUGCCAUGCUUCUGGGAUUGCCCAACGAACCGCCUGCAAGUGAGCCAGAGUUGCAGAAAGAGCUUUCCCGGCGCACUUGGUGGAGUUUGUAUGCCCUGGACGCUAUACUUUCUGUGGAAGUUGGUCGGCCACCGAUCAUUGAUCCAUUGGUUUCCACUUGCCGGCUGCCUUCUGACUCGCUUGAGAUCGCUCAAUCGCUGGCUCCACAUUACCGGCACGACGAGACCUGUCCAUCUUGGCUUGGGUUUCAAACGCAGACUCUACGUCUUUUACACGCUGCUCGGACUAUUCGCACUGACUUCUCGAAUAAAUACGAUGAUCUUGUUGGCGAGGAUGGCUAUAAGGCCUUCGUCAGCAACGGCGAAAUUCGCGAAGAAUGCGCACGAUUUCUCGCGGAACCGAUGAAGGAGAUUGAGGCAUGGGCCAAGGAUGUGCCUAAUGGUUACUAUGUACCACGUAAAGAAGGUAAACCGUUUUCAACAAGCCGCUCAAUUCUUGACCUGGACUCGAACCCCAACAUUCUCAUCCACUGCCAGCGCCAGCGACUGCUCAUAGAGCUGCAGUACCACCACCAGUGCAUAUGCCUGUAUCAGCCAUUCAUCUGCUUCGCCUCCACCCCUGGAAUAUCGACGCCAUUAUCUGAUAGCAUGGCUGCCGCCGGUCUCAGCCAUGCGAUAGCACUCACUACCAUGGUUCAUCAAGCCCUGACUACGUCCGACGUGCUGAGUGGUAUUUAUUUCGUGUGUCGCUGGCAAAAGAACGCCCUGUUCACCAUGCUCGGAUAUGCGUACACCUUUCCCCUAUGCCAUUCAAGCACAGCAAUACUUAAAACAAUAGGGAUGGGCAUCACCGUUAUCGAUAUGUAUGCCAGCACAUUUUCGAUGGCUGUAUCUGCAACUACCAACACGCGCAUCCUUGCAGACGACAUUGGCGCUGUCAUGAGCGGCUUCUACGUCGGUGAUAGUUGGUCGUCAUCGUCAUGGUUGGCUUCACUAGGAACGACAACAUCAACAACAACACCACCACCACCGCCGCCGCCACCAGUACCAGCUACUGCAGAUGCCGGCCAACAACCCACUGCCACGGUAUCUCCGACUAUGGGGUUUUCAAGCAGUGAGACCUCGGAGAGGCAAAACCCAAGGCCACUAACAACAGCAUCCUCAGUAACAACCACAGCGCGACCAUCAACCCCUGCCGCUACUACAGACGAACUACUUCACCUCAACCAGCUUGAUAUGGACGCUCUGCCUGCGAUGGGCGAUAUGGGAAGCGACUGGGAUGCAAUGGACAUAUUGUGGACCAAUCUGGGCACGACGCUGAGUUCACAAACCGAAUUCUGGGCAAUGAUGGAAGACGUCGGCUUGGAGGGGCUCGACAAGGACAAAAUGCACUCCUCGUGA